AUGGGGAGCAAUGUCUCCGUGUUGCUGUAUGCCGAUACGCCGGUGCCGAAUAGCGUAAUAUCGACCCAGCACAAGGUGCGUGCCAGCUCAAACCUCGGCAAUGGCCGCGGUGUGGUGGUGCGGUGCCCGAAGAUAUGCGUCACGGUGGCCGAGAAAGUGAAACACCUGUUACGCGGCAGCGGCUCAGCGAAAGUGGCCUGGGCGGCGAAGCGGGUAUCACCACUCUCAGAGGAGGAGUCGCCCGUCUUGGUCGUGGCGGACUGUGCGGCACCCGGCGCAUUCACCACGUCGAGAUCGUACGUGCCGGUGCUGAACGCCAUCCUCGACUACGUGGAGGCGCACCGAACGGUUCGCGCGGCAUCGGCCGACGCGCACAGCGGCACCAAGGCUGUGUGCCCCAUCGGCAUCGAAUUCGACCCGACGCUGUCCCUUGGGGACCGGCUGAGCCGAAGCGAGGCACGCGCUGCGUUCACGGAGUACUGCAAGCUCUUCCUCACGAACCUUAUCGGCGCGCUGGAAAACGUAGGAAAAGACGUGUCGGUGGUGGCGGGUGGCGUGGUGGCGCCACCGCGGCUCUCCAUCCUCUACCUGGACGCGCGCUCGUGUCGACUCAACGACACGACAGGGCCGUGGCUCGCGUCUUCGCUUAUCAUGCGCGCCGUCCGUCGCACGCGCCCCUACGCGCUUGUGUCCGCCCGCACAAGCACGGCGGGCAGCGGCGAAGAUGGCUUCAUGUCGUACCUCUCGCCAGACGUCAAGGCGGAUAUGGUGUGGGCAUCACUGCAGCACGUUCUGCUGGCGCACAACAACAUGUCCCUCCAGGCCGUCGAGGCAGUGCUGGAGAACCUGCUGGCAGAUGACGCCAUGCACGACGUGCUGCUUCAGCAGCAGGGUGUCGAUGCCAAGGCGCUGAAGUCGAAGGAGGUGAUCAGAGCCCUCACCCAGGACCGCCUGUUCCCUCGCCAGGACUCGCAGCUGCUGCCACAGCUGUAUCUCGUCGAUGUACGCUACAAUCAGUACAGCGAUGCUGAGCUGCAGAGGUUGCAGGGCAAGUCGCCAGCCUCCGUCAGAGGCGAAUCUGCGCGCAGGCCGAUCACCGGCACGGCACCGCCCUCGCAGGUGCCGGUGCCCACACCGGGGCUUGUGCCACUGCGGCAGCCGCGAGAGGUGAGAAGCGAAGUCGCUGGUGUCUCGCCGACCGAAUACGACGACCAGCCAGACCCCGACAACCACCGCUACUCCGCCUACUUCUACGCACGGCCGUCCGUGUCGCAGGCGCAGCGCAGCAACCACAGCCGCGCGCAAGAGUACAUGAAGCUCUCCAACGAAGCCUCCAUUCGCGAGGUCCGGGACGGCCACAAUGGCGCGGCCCCAGACGCCAUCUUCGCAUCACACCCGUCCAACCCCGCCACAUCGUCACGGCCUCACUCCGCGGCGAUGUCACAGCUGAGCAUGACCCCCACCUCCACGGAAUCGGAUCUCCUGUGGGCGAAAAAGGCGUCUGCGGCGACACCGCCUCCGCCCAGCACGAAUGCAAGAGAACGCCGAGAAGUUGCCGCACCGGCGCACGCACCACCGCGAACGCCGUCGUCGCCCCUCACGCCACGCGGUGAGUUGCGCAAGGCGCAGCCGGUGCACCAGCCGUCGGGCAUCCAGGUGCACUCCCGUCAAGCUUCACCCGCAAGCAGCCAACAGGCUUACCUCACCAAGAUGGAUGCCGCUGCGACAGCGACUAAGAGGGGGUCGGAUGGCCUCGUCAUGAACCGCAGCGACCGCCUGUCGCGUAGCAUCUCGCUGCGCUCUGAGGCGCCGUCGACGACCCCCGCCGCGACCUCCCCGACCUCGGGAACGCAGCAGCAGACCGCGAUGCCCACGUCGUCACGUGUGUGGAGCGCUCGCCACCCUACACACUCGCCGUAUCGCGUUGACGCUGUGGAGCCACAGCAGCUCUACAAGGUGCUGACACCCCAGUCGCCCGACAGCGCUGGAGAAGCACCGGCAGCAGCGGCAUCCUCACAUCCGACAGCACCACAGCAGAGCGUGCCAACCGCCCCAUCGCAGGGCUCGUCCACCGUCACGCGUGCAUGCUGUCUGUCAAAGCUGGAGCGUGAGGAGGGCGAGUUGGACGACGCGGAGAUGGAGGUGCACAACCUGCUGCUGCACCAGCACCACCACCUCGACCCCCACUCGCAGCACCACUCGUGGCAGCGCGGCAACGGCGGCGACCACAACCCCAUCAGCAAUAGCGCAGACGACGAGCCGUGGUUAGACGAGGUCUACACGCAGAGUCACCACCGCGGCACCCCGCCGGAGCUCAGCGCCGGUAGUCGGCGGAGGUUCUACGACAUCCCGGCUCUCGCCCCGCCGGAGCUGCCCUUCGCCGCCUCCGCCGCGCGGGUUACUCCCGUCAUGUGGGAAGCCGGUCUGCGCAAGCGACACGAAACCCCAGCGCAGGUGGCCUCGCGGCGGGCGUCCUCAACAUCGUCGCGUCGGCGGCGCAGGUCCAUCUAUGACGGCGUCCAGUCACGCGUCAACUCACAGCGUCAUGUGGGCAACGAGCGGUUGGCGAAGGCAGAGUACGAGGCCGCGACGGCCGCCGAGGCACGGGCUAGGGAAUCGUUGCCCAAGCAAGCGGAGCCGCGUGAAACGGCGGGGCUGAGCAGCCGGCGCGGCGACCCCGUCUCCGCGCGACAGCACCCGGCAUCCCAUCCGAGCCCGUCUCAGCGUGUGGAGAGCGGGAUGAAGUGGGGGCGUGAUUCACCCCUCUCGGAGCUGUCGUCCCCUUCCCCGGCGCCGCAGCGGCCAGCAGCAGCCUCAUCGUGGACGCCAACAAACUCCAACGGCGCAUGGGCAAGCACGCACAGGAGGCGCGUUCAUCCGAACCAUCGUGCAGAUGCGGCGGCAAUGCCUGGCACUGCGCAAGACUCGCCAGCAUGGUGGUGUCAUCACCCAUCCACGACAACGUCGGCGAUCACCACCGUCAAACGCCGCCUGUCGACAGCGGAGCCGCCGCACAUCGUGCCGCGAGGGACCGUGACCAGUCGGCUGCGCAAGGUGACGAGUCACCGUCAACGCCACUUUUCCGAUGUGGAAGAGCGAGAGAACACCUACUAUGCCAGAAACUGGCAGCCGCGAACCACUUUUCGGACGGCUAGUGUCACGGCUUCCAUGCGCACGCCGCGGGCCAAUCCUCUCGAGAUGGCGGCGGUGCUGCAAGAGCAGAAGCAGCGCACGUCGGCCGACCCCCACCGCGACAGUGACAGCAGCGCGUACAGCGCAGCGAUGAUGAUGGAGACUUCGCCGCUGCGGCGCGGAGACACGGCACCUCAGCGGGAGUGGAAGUCGUCUGUGCACGCCACCAGUCGCGACAGGAGCGUAGUCCCGAUGUUCGUGUCAUCGCAUCACUCGCCGUACGGCGCCGCAGACGCGUCGACACCCAAGUACAACGAGAAGGGUGUUGAGCUGGUGCACAAGAAGCUGCGCACGCUGCGCACGGGCGGCAGACUGAACUAG